AUGAAUAAUACUCAUCCCCAUAAUACAACCAUGACGGGAGGGGUGAAUUGGGAACAAUUUCCGCAAGGAGUCUUGUCGUGUAUUGCGUGUAUUGUGAGUUUGAUUUGGUUCUGCUGCAGCCUGAAGGGAAUGUUUAAAAAUCAAAUUAGCCUUCAAAGAAAAUUAUUUGUCAUGAUAUUUUGCUCGUGUUUUAUUCGCACAAUGCAAUCUCUCAUAUUUAAUCAGCUGUGUUUUAGAUACAACAGAGACAAUCCGAUUUGUCCCUACAUUUCCAAAGUGUCUCAAAUUUUGGAUAUUUACGCUAGUUCAAGCAAUUUUGUAAUCUAUCUAAUAUUGGGUUUGUAUUGGGCAGAGCAAUAUUUCACUAUGAAGAAAAUUCAAGAUGACACUUCUUAUGAGAGUUCUUCAGGGAGUGAAACAAAUACCUACUUUAUGAAAGUGAGAAAGAUAUUGAACAUUAUUUUCUGGGUGCUUUCCGUGCUGUCUUUUCUAUUUGUCACCCCAUUUGCAAUUUUGAUUACUGUGUUGGAUCAUCAUACAUUUGGUUAUGGAACGUGGAGUUAUCAAAUAUCACGACUCGUUAUUCGAUUAAUUUUGUCAUGGGGAAUUUGCCUGACAUUAAUGAUUUUUGGUCUUCUUGUGUUUAGAUUGUACAGAAAACAAGAUAACUCCACGGAAGAAUCAAGUCAAUCUCGAAAGAAUAUUCAAAAAGUGGCUUUGAUUUCAAUUAUUUGUACUUCUGCAUACUUCUUCCUGUCGUGCACCAAUAUUGCGACAACGAUAGAAUGGGAAUGGUACUCUCGCUUUGAAUAUGCUUAUGUUUUCUAUAUUACCUUUGCAUUGAUUGAACUUUUUGCAAAUGCCAUCCUUUUAGCAUUUCUUAUACCAAAACCGGUGGCCAUGGCUAUUGGUAGAUGUUUUUCCUUACCAUGUUGUGGACAGGAGGAAAGUGAAAAAGCAAUUAUGCUCAGGAAUAAGCUGUUCUAUGAUAACAUUAUUUCAUUAGAUGAAGAAACCUUUCAAGAAUUCGUCUCUGAGCAAAACGACUUUGAAAGUGAUGUGUUACCUGAGGAAAGCCCAAUCAUCUACAACAGUAGCCUGUCGUCAUCAUAUGAUUCGCCAAUUUUAAAUCAAAAGAUGUAG